AUGCCCUUCCACAGUCUGCUGGGGAUCCUGAAGACACUCAAGCUGGAUUUCAUCCAGGAGCUGGAGGUGUUUGACUGGUUUGACUGGUUCUGGGCAUUGUCAGAUCCAAACCUAUCUGCAACACAGCUGGGAAGGAUCUUCAACCUGCGCAGCCUCAAACUCAUCUACUACAACUGGGCCUUCUCCUCACGGGGCGAGCGGCCCUCCAGCUACUUCCUCUCACAGCUCACCAGGCUGGGCCACCUCCAGAAGCUGCACCUGUCUUACUCCUACCUCUCGGGCAACCUACAUUAUGUACUCAGCUGUCUGUGGGUUCCACUGCAUUCCCUGGAGAUCUGCUACUGCAGGCUUCUCGACACUGACAUCACCUACUUGUCCCAGAGCCCUCAUACCACUUGCCUGAAGAAGCUGGAUCUGAGUGGCAACAACCUGUCCUACAUGAUCCCUAGGCCCUUGGGGACCCUGCUGAGGGAGGUCUCAGGGACGCUGCAGCACUUAGACCUGAACCACUGCCGGCUGAAGGAUGCCCACCUCAGUGCCCUCCUGCCCGCCCUGUGCCGCUGCUCCCACCUCAGUUCCCUGAGCCUCUCCGACAACCCCAUCUCCAGUGCCUGCCUCCUGAGCCUGCUGGAGCACACAACAGGGCUGAUGGAGCUGAAGCAGGUACUCUAUCCCAUCCCAGUCGACUGCUGCAUGUACCUGCAUGGCCUCUCCUGGGGUCCCGUGAACAAGGACAAGCUGUGCCAGUUGCAGGCUGAGAUACAGAAGCAGCUGCAGGCCAUGCAGCGGGCUGACAUGCAGUGGAGCCCCGCUGCCCUUGCUUAUGCAGCUGGUGCAGUUUGAAUGAAGAGCAGGAGCCAGGCUCAGGAACAGAAGUCAGAGAGGGCAGCUGGAAUCACAGCUGGGGCCACAUGUUGUUUGCAAGGAACAUAAA